UGAAAAUCUAAAUAUAAAAGAAAAGGCAGGGAUAUGAUUAAUUUAACUAUUUUAUAUAAUUAAAUGUGUCAUGUAAAGUAGUUAUGCUGAAGUUGAUCAGUGUACGUAGGGCCUGCGUGGUGCGCUUCAAAGGAGGCUACGCCACAUGGUCUCAAAAGAAAGCAAUGAAGGAGAAAAAGAAGAAAGAGGAGACAACUGGUAAUGUCUCGGAAUUAAAUCCAUGGCCGGAAUAUAUACAAAAGCGGUUAGAUCUUUGGGACAAAUAUAAAGUUCAACAUGAGGAGCAAAUAGCAUCAAAAGCUGAUGUGAGCAUUGUUGUUACACUUCCAGAUGGUAAAACGGUAGAAGCAAAAGCCUGGAAAACUACUCCUUAUGAUGUUGCAAAAGGAAUCAGCCAAGGCCUAGCAGAUUCAACAAUAAUUGCUCGGGUUAAUGGUGUUCUGUGGGAUCUGGAUAGACCUCUUGAAGGAGACAGUAAACUAGAGUUACUGCGGUGGGACAAUACAGAUGCUCAAGCUGUCUUCUGGCACUCCUCAGCACAUAUGCUUGGUGAAGCUAUGGAAAGGAUAUAUGGUGGCUGUCUUUGUUACGGUCCACCCAUUGAGGAAGGAUUUUACUAUGAUAUGUAUUAUCCUGAAAAAGGGAUAUCAUCCACAGAUUUUCAGACUGUAGAAGGUCUAGUAAAAAAAAUUGCAAAAGAGAAACAGCCGUUUGAAAGACUGGAACUCACCAAGGAACAAUUACUAGAGAUGUUUGACUACAAUCCAUUCAAAGUGAGGAUAUUGAAAGAGAAGGUGAACACGCCAACAACCACAGUGUACAGAUGCGGCCCACUCAUAGAUCUGUGUCGGGGUCCACAUGUCAGGCAUACAGGAAAAGUUAAAGCUUUUAAAGUCACUAAGAACUCAUCAACGUACUGGGAAGGCAAAGCUGAUGCUGAAACCUUGCAGCGAAUGUACGGAGUGUCAUUCCCAGAGCCAAAACAGUUGAAAGAAUGGGAAAUAAUACAAGAGGAAGCGGCCAAGAGGGAUCACAGGAAAAUUGGCAAAGAGCAAGAACUGUAUUUCUUCCAUGAGCUGUCACCUGGCUCCUGCUUCUUCCAGCCAAGGGGUGCCCAUAUAUAUAAUACUCUUGUGCAGUUUAUCAGAGAGCAAUACAGGGUCCGUGGAUUCCAGGAGGUUGUAUCACCAAACAUGUACAAUGCUAAGCUGUGGCAGACAUCAGGGCAUUGGGCCCACUAUGCCGAGAAUAUGUUCUCGUUUGACAUUGAGAAGGAAACCUUUGCUCUCAAACCUAUGAACUGUCCUGGGCAUUGCCUUAUGUUUGAUAAUCGCGUGCGGUCGUGGCGUGAGUUGCCACUGCGGUUGGCUGACUUCGGCGUGUUGCACCGCAACGAACUGAGCGGGGCUCUAACCGGCCUAACGCGGGUACGCAGGUUCCAGCAAGAUGACGCGCAUAUAUUCUGCGCUCCGCAACAUAUUGAACAGGAGAUGAAUGGCUGCCUGAAUUUCCUAGAGCACAUCUAUUCAAGAUUCGGUUUCACAUUCCAACUCAAGCUGUCAACUAGACCUGAAAAGUAUCUUGGAGAUCUAGAAUCUUGGAAUCAUGCUGAAAAGGCGUUAGAAGAUUCACUGAACAAGUUUGGCAAACCAUGGCAACUGAACCCCGGUGAUGGAGCGUUCUACGGUCCUAAGAUCGACAUCACCAUCCAGGAUGCCCUUCGACGCUCGCACCAGUGUGCCACCAUCCAACUGGACUUCCAGCUGCCGGAGAGAUUCAACCUGUCAUACGUGAGUGAGUCGGGCGAGAAGAAGCGGCCGGUGAUCAUCCACCGCGCGAUCCUGGGCUCGGUGGAGCGCAUGAUAGCCAUCCUCAGCGAGUCGUACGCCGGCAAGUGGCCCUUCUGGCUGAGCCCGCGACAGGCCUGUGUCGUGCCGGUCGGACCCACCUUCGACGAGUACGCCACACAGGUAAAGGAUAAACUGUUCGCGAGUGGUUUUAUGUGCGAGGUGGACACGGACGCGGGCGACACGCUCAAUAAGAAAGUGCGGAACGCGCAGCUCGCACAGUUCAACUAUAUCCUUGUGGUGGGGGAACGCGAGAAGACAUCGAACACGGUGAACAUUCGUACCAGAGAUAACAAGGUGCAUGGAGAGAUGUCCGUAGACGCGCUCAUCGAACACUUCGGUAAACUGGCGCGCGACAAGACCCUGGCAGAAGAUAGCCAGCUGUUGAAGUAACAGAGACUCAUAUAAUACAAUAAAUUAUUCAUUCAAGUUGGAAUUAUUUUAUAUUUAUUAUUUGUACAGAUAUCCCUUUUGAGUCAAAUAUAUGUUGUUCACACUGAAUAUCUUGAUACUUAAAACAUGACUUAACAAGCAAGGAUUUCGGAGAAAAUCAUACAUUAUUAGAAAUGCAAUAUUUACAAAUGCAUGGGAAUUUUAAUAUAAUUCUCGUCAUGUCAAAUAAAUUUAUUUUUACGGAUUGCGGAUGUGAAACACUUAAUAAAUUACAAAAGAUAUUGAAGAUUUUUAGCCUUCUCAAAAGAUAAACAUAUGUUAUUGGGAUGGUGUCUACAAUGGAUUCAUUAUAAGCAUUCAUGUAGUUUAUGCUUUAUAAAAUGGACUCUUAUGUUUUGUUUGUUAUUUAUGGAGUUAGAUGAAACUUGAUUAACACUGCAUUAGAUAUUUAUUACGUUAUCACUUCUCAACAAUUGUAUUUAUAUACUUAAGUCUGUAAAGAAGAUAAUAACUCAUUAGAAAUUAAGCCAUUUCGGCUGCUUGUUAUUAUCUGAACCGGGCGUUUGGAAUUUUGUAUGAACUGAUUUAUUUUAUUUCACAUAUUGUAAAUUUGAUUGGAAAGGUCCCAAAAUUUCAAGUACAUUGUCACCUUUUUGAAUGGUUAUCUGACUUUUACACUUUGCAUACUCACCAAGUAGUUUUUGUAAUUAUAUAAAAAUGUCAACAGUAAAUAAAUAAGGUAGAAACAGUAUAAACCUGUCGACACUUAGAAAAUAGUACUUUCUUAUCACUAAGCAAAAAUGUUAUGUUUAUUAGGAAAUAAUUCGUUUUUGUUUCACUUCUCAUUUCAUUAGUAAUUUAAUUAGCCCAUCUGGUUGCACUUAAGUUCUACAUUCAUUUGAAGGGUACUAAAUACAGCUACUACAUAAA